AUGUUGGUGAAAAAUAGACAAGGAAAGGACUUGGCAAUUGUGGACGGCUUCACGUUUUACCCGAACAAACGGAACAUAUCAAUACAAUGGCGUUGUACCAGAGGUCUUCCCUGCAAAGCACAUUUUACAACAGAUUAUUCUUUGAAUGUUAAAAAAGUUGUCGUAUGCCUUUCGGAAAACGGUAACGAGAUAGCUUUAUACCGUGGGUACACUUACCGGCGAAACAGAAAAUACCCUAAUAAAUGGCGCUGUAGAACAAAUGCCUACUGCCGUGGUCGACUCACUACUGAUGAGCACGACCGCUUAAAGCGAGUAACAGCUGUCCACAAACAUCCCAGAGGGACCUAUGUUUUAUUGUCGUAUUUCGUAAUUCUCGUGGUGGAAUGGUUGGCAUAUGCAAUGGUUAUUCGUACCGCGAAGAAAGACCCAACAUUUGGCGAUGUACAACAAGUACCUACUGCAAAGGUCGAAUUACAACUAAUGAAAAAAAUUUGGUUGUUAAAAAUGACGUCCAUCAUGUUCAUGCCAGGACUGACGAUAUUAAUACUAGGAUCCAAAGGGAAAGAGCAAUUAUUUAUUGGCGGUUACAAGUUUUACAAACGAGUUGAAAGCAAGAACAAAGUAAGAUGGUGUUGUACCAGGAGAUCAUGUCGUGCAGCCGUGUACAGUGUUGAAGGACAAAUAGUGAAAGUGUCCAACGCACAUUCUCAUAAACCUACAUACAACUAG